AAUUAUUUCAAAGGGAGUGAGUGAAGUGAAGUGAAGUAGGGCAAUCCAAAAUUCGCCAUUUUUGCUUGUAGUGAAGGGAGAUUUUUUAUUUGUCAGGCUGGAGGACAAGGAAUAUUCAGUAAAAAGUGUGUCAUUAGAUUUAAUUUCUCGUAGCGAAGACUUUAUUUAAACAGAAUCUUAGUAUAAUAGUGUGGUUUUAUUUAUUACUAACGUUUGUAUGUAGUGCUACUUCCCCAUCGUAAAAUUUGCUCGUUGGUGUGUCGCUUUAGCUAAUUCAAUGGCUAUGAUAUCGAAGUUUUAAUACAUCGUGUCGCUUAGACGUUCUCCGUACGGGAUAAUAUCGAGAAAGAGAGGCGACGCCUUUAGAAAUGAGCAGGCCUCAAGGCGGACGCAUUCAAGUCCCGGAUGACCUUAGAGAGAUCUUAUUGGAGUUCACCAUAAGUUAUCUGCUGGAGCAACCGGGGGACGUGAUCAACUACGCUGUCGAGUUCUUCACAAGAUUACAAAGCAACAGGACGACCACCGUAGUGAGGGGCCCUACCGCAGCCGCCGGCACCCCUGAUGAGUCCAUAAUAUCAGAUGAAGAAGAGCCGCCAGUGGCGCGCUUUAACACCAGACGCAAGUCGGUGUUCGCGGAGACCUAUGACCCUGAGGAGGAGGACUCCGACGAGGGGACCACGACCGUGUUCCCCAAGUCGGAUGCACAGCGCCAGCGCCUCGCCGAGGCGGUGCGCAGCAUCCUGCUGUUCCGCUCCCUCGAUGCUCAACAAAUGCAGCAGGUGCUGGACGCGAUGUUCGAGAAGCGCACGGAGCCGGGCGAGUACCUGAUCAGGCAGGGCGACGACGGAGACAACUUCUACGUCAUCGAGAAUGGCAUGUUCGACGUGCUCGUCACCGGCGAUGAUCGCAUCGAGAAGGUGGUGCACACAUACGAAGGGUCCGGUUCGUUCGGCGAGCUGGCUCUCAUGUACAACAUGCCGAGAGCGGCGUCGGUGCGUGCGCAGACCCCGGGCCAACUGUGGGCCAUGGACCGCCACACUUUCCGCCGCAUCCUGCUCAAGAGCGCCUACAAGAAGCGCAAGCUGUACGAAGAUCUGCUGGAGAAGGUGCCCAUGUUGAAGGCGUUGCAGGCUUACGAGCGCGCCAAUCUCGCCGACGCCCUGCUGCCGCGCACUCUGAUCGACGGCGAGCUGAUCAUCCGCCAGGGCGACACGGCCGACGGCAUGUACUUCGUGGAGGACGGCGCCGUUAGCAUCCGCAUCACCCGCGACGAUGGCAACGAGCAUGAGAUCAAGCGUCUUGAGGCGGGCGGGUACUUCGGCGAGCUGGCUCUCGUGACCCACAAGCCGCGCGCUGCUUCUGCUUACGCUGUCGGACCCACCAGGGUGGCAUUCCUGGACGUGGAGACAUUCGAGCGGCUGCUGGGCCCCUGCAUGGAGAUCAUGAAGCGCAACAUCGAUGACUACGAGGAACAGUUGGUGAAGCUGUUCGGCGACAAGAGCAACCUCACCGACGUGCGAUGAACGAGCCGCGCCCCGUCGCCAAGACAUCACUUGUUUCCCUUCCACGCAACAUUAUCACCUCACGACAAACAACUUUACUGCCCAGCUUCAACUGUUACUCAAAAAGUGUCUGAUAGAAUUUGUCUGACAGAUAAACUAUAUAGUUUUCGUUUCGCAAGUCUCGGAUAGCAAUAUCUAGCUUUUAUCUGGCAAAUAACUAACUGACACUUUAUCGGUAGCCAGUGAAACCGGGCCUACAUCUCGGAAGUUAGCCACUAGCUGCAUGCAAGUGUACGCGAAUGGCACACUUCAGAGCGCGAAGUUAUUUGACGUGAGUAUACUCUGUUCCUUUUGUUCUGAGGUUAUGCUGCACCGUUCCAAUUUUAAAUUUGCAGUGCGAUUCUUUUUUUUUUAGAAUUUUAACUGCUAUUGAAUGCAAUGAGGUCUUAUAGGAUAAAUUGGAGUAAAAUUGAAUAUCAUAAAAUAUUUCUAAUGGCAAUACAUGACAAAGAUGUAAUUUUUAAUAUUAUAAUAAAAGGCUCUUACGUAUUUAUUGAACAGCAUAACCUCAUAUAAUUCGAGUCAGUUGUGCUCAUAAAGCAUACGCUUACUAAAUAGCUAAUGUAACAUAUUUUGUGCUUAACCAACUAAAAUGUUGUAGUUCAAGUACACGAUUCGUCGAUUUGAAUUGAAGUAGUGCCAUGUUGAAUAUUUAAUUUGAAACUUAUUGUAGUAGAUAUACCAGAUUACGUGUUGAAUGGAAGGUGAAACGAUGACUACAUAACGAGCGCUCAAUAAUAUUGCAUUGAUACAGAUAUACGCUUAUUUUAGAUAGAGAAAUGCCUUAGUAGCUAAGUAUAUAUAAGGUACAUCGAGGACGUGCGGCGGCCGCCACGUAGCAAACAAAAUGUUCACUUAUGUGCCAUACAUACAACGCGACAACACUACGCCGUCGACUAUAUAUUUUGCUUUGAUUUAUUUAUAUUUCCUACGAUUGUUUUUAGCUUUUUAUGUGCAAUAUAUUUUUACGAGUAUAUUUGGGAUAAUUAGUCGAAGCGUGUCACAAGACAUUUUGUUUCCUGCGUAUGUCGUCUGACACGGAGUCAACACCUGACGCUAACAAUAAAAGAAUUUAUGACUCGAGGGUAAAAAGGCAUUAGUGUUAAACUUUAACAUAAAUAUGUUUACGUAGUGAGUGGUACAAUGCAAUACUAUUCGGCACUCGCCACGUCUUAUCUUGGGAUAUUCUCAAUCGCUAUCGCCGUUUCUAUUAACUUAAGAUAUUUCCACUGACACAGGCUUUUCUGAAUGAUAACAAAAUUAUAUACAUACCUAGUAGGUAAAUUAUAUACUUAGUUAUAUUUUUUAUUUUUGUGAUUAGAUUAAAUCUAUCACUUUAUUUUUUAUUUAUUUUUUAGCUCGGUUAAUGGUUUUUCGUCGAUAUAUGUAUAUGGAGAUUUUAAUGCGAUGAUCAGUUUAUGAUAAUAUUAUGCCAAAUUAUAAAUAAUAGUUCACAUAAAUGUCAUUGUUAUAAAACCAUCUUGCAAAUACAUAAAUGUCCUUUGGAUAUUGUUGUACCAACUAACAUUCAGACAUAAUGAAAUACAUAUAUGUACACAUAAAUAUAUAUUUAUUGAACAAAAUCUAUUUAGUUCGCAGAUAUACUAUUACAAUUGUUUCAUAGUAAUUUUGUUAAGCAAAAGGAAUUGUUUAUGUUGUCUUAUAAUUAAUUUAAAUCUUCUUUUCUGUUGUAGAGAGUUCCUAUUGUUUUGUUUGCUCUUUAACAAUUUUACAUUAUAAUAGAUCUGAGGUGUUUAUCUUUGUAAUACUUUUAUAGCGAACACAAAGCUCCAAUGAACAAGUAGAAGCCAUCGUGAUUGUUAAUCCUGUAAGAGAUCGGUGUACGCAAUGUUGAUUCGGUUGACUCGGACGCGAGUCCGGCCCUCAGGUACAAGUCUCCAGUAUUAUUUAAAUUAGAAACAUCCUACCACCUUUAUUUGUGAAUCCAGCCAAAGUAGGUGAGUGCGUAAAUAUCAUGUGUAGCGCUAAAUAUUUAAGUAUAUAUUUACUAUGUAGUAGUUAGUUUUCGUCAUUUCUUAUUGUAAUUUAAAUAUUAGUAGAAUAGGAAAUUUUAAUGGAAUAUAGUCAAAUCCUGAGGGGUGAGGUGUAUCGUUUUUGACGCCAUGUACAAAAGUGUACAAAUUGAUUUCAGAUGCCAUAGAAGAUUUUAUUUUAUUGUACGAAUAUAAUACGUUGAUUGUUUUAUUGUGAAAUAUAAAUGUACGCUUUCUAAUUUCACUGGUUAACUAAGUGCAGACGUGUCUGUGGCAGCUCGCACGUCGGCCGGCGCUUCGCUUGUUCUUCUAUAGCAUUCGUUAUGUAUCUAACUGCUGGUUUGAGUUUCACGUAGCUAAUACAUUCCCUUUACUGGUUCACAAUGUAUUUAUUUACAGAAUUUCUAAUAACUUUUGUGCGCCAUCAAUUUUCUAUAGUUAAAUUGUCACUUGAAGUGCCUAUUUCGUACAACAACAUGAACCUGGAAACAAUUUUCUUAGAGCACUCUCUCACUAACAAUUUAAUAUUAAUCUCGUGUUUUGACUUACUUAAACUGCCUUUUCUAUGUGAAAUUGUGAAAUGUGUUGUGAGAUAUGUGUAUUUAGUGCAUCGAACUUCAAACAGUUCGGUACCUCCGGUUAAGAUGUGAACCCACUCUUUGUACUAUAAUAACACAAAAUGCUCAAAAUAUUUACCACUGACGGCCGUGUUUGUGACUUCUGCGAUACACAUUAUUAUUAAAACACGUUCGGUAAAUAUUUUGACCUGCAGUAUGACAUGAUUUUUUAUGUAUUUUAUUCGAUGACGUCGAAUCCACUAUUUAUCCAUGAGCACUGGUUAAUUUGGGGAGUGUGAUGUUCGAUAGAUUUCCGUAUGAUCGUGUCAUGUACAUGUUUGAUAUUGCUACGUAUAACGUUGUGUUUGUUACGUGUACAGGUGAGGUGCGUCACGUGUCGUCACCACGUAAUGUCUGUGUGUCCCCGUGUUGCGAACCCAGUAGUUUAUAUUAUCGUGCAAUAAUAACUAAUAACUGUCAUUUAUCUAUGUCGUUUACAUCAAUAUCAUGUGUUAAAAUUUGUCUGUGUGAAAUUUAUUUAUAGAAUUUAAUAAAAUAUAAAUAGAAUAAGACAUAUAUAUCGCUCUUAAUACUGGUGUUUUAAGAAUAUUCAGCAUCGGUAUUGUAGGAAAUGCUAAUCAAAUUACACUUGUAUAUUCAGUUUUUUAUUGAAAUUAAUCGACACGCAACAUCUUUAAUGUUAACAUAGAAGCACAAAUGUCUAGAAUGCGUGAUUCGAUGGGAGGUUUUCAUUCUGUUGUCUUCCAUGGGACGCACAGAGGCCGCUAUUCCAACAUCCCAAGGCAUUAUUCGGAGCGCUAUAAUAUGCAUUCUCUGGCAUACUGAUGUAAAAUUAAAAUUCAAUACGCUUAACCGUAGCGUAAUUUUUGAUAAAUUAUACUAGUCAUUGGUGUCUAAUGUAGAUUUGUAACCUGACAGCACGUUGGUAUGGAGCGUCCUCCAUGUCUCCACUCACUGUAGGUUAAGUCGUCAUCCCUGUCCCAUACGAAGUGAAAGCAUAUCAGCGCGGCGCUCGCGUCGCACCUAUGAUUAUACUAUGCACCACAUGUGUACAUCCGGUAGCCAGUUGAGAACUAGUACCGCUUUUCCCACGUCAUGAGCUUACCCUGUACAUUUAUAAAAAUUAUGUAUCGUAAAAUGUUAGAAAACUGAAUUAUAUUUGUUUGUAGAUCUAAA